GCCUGAGAUGAGCGUCUGCAUUGGGCGGCGUCCGCUUAGGUCGGCUGCCUCUGCGCGCCGAGCUCCCCAGCCUCGCAUGACGAAGCACCCGCAUGUGUCCUGCGUCUGCAUCCUGACAGCGACCAGCUUGCCACCCCACUCCCUCUGCAACGACGCCUGUGUCACUGUCAUUCGCAACUGUCGCCCUCUCUCCCUGCACAGCCACAGCCGCGCAGCUUCGCCGCCUCGGCACCUUCAUUGGCUCGCCUGCCAAGUCAGAAUCGUGGUCUUGCAUCAUACCCAACGCUAGAGCUUCCUCACACUUAACGGACCGACGGCCCUGCCAGCAUCGUGCACACUUCACCCACGAGCAUCAGUCCUCGCGUCGCAUACAAUCCUGGUCUCGCAUCCUGAAGCCGCCGCACCACAGCCAAGAUGAGCAAGGUCGUAAGGAGCGUCAAGAAUGUCACGAAGGGCUAUUCGGCUGUCGAGGUCAAGGUCCGCAAUGCCACCAGCAACGACCCGUGGGGUCCGGUAGGCUCAGAUAUGGCCGAAAUCGCCCAGAUCACCUUCAACAACUCGACAGACUUCUACCAGGUCAUGGACAUGCUAGACAAGCGACUCAACGACAAGGGAAAGAACUGGCGCCACGUCCUAAAGUCGCUCAAGGUCCUUGACUACUGUCUGCACGAGGGGUCCGAGCUGGUGGUGACUUGGGCGCGCAAGAACAUCUACAUCAUCAAGACACUGCGCGAGUUCCAGUACACCGACGAAGAUGGUCGCGACGUCGGCCAGAAUGUGCGAAUGGCGGCCAAGGAGCUUACCUCGCUGAUCAUGGACGAAGAACGAUUGCGCGCCGAACGCGCCGACAGGAAGUCGUGGAAGUCGCGCGUGACUGGCAUUGAGGAAUACCCCGGAAACCACGCUGCUGGACACGGUGAGGGUUCGCACAGGCCCCGACGAGAGGGUGGAAACACGCGAGCGCGCCGCGAGGACGAAGAUCUCGAGUUCAAGCUUGCUCUCGAGGCAAGCAAGAAUGAAGCUGAGGAAGAGAAGAAGCGGCGGGAUCGGACCAGCGCGCCUGACAAUGACGAUGACCUCGCGAAGGCGAUUAAGCUCAGCAAGGAGGAGGAAGAGCUGCGCCGACGGGAGCUCGAACAGACGAAUGCCGACCUGCUUUUCGGCGAUGCGCCCGCGCAGCCCAACACAUACCAGCCAACUGGCAACAACCAGGGUUACCAGCAGCAGGGACAGGUCGACUGGUUCGGCAACUUGAUGGACCAGCAGCAGCCGCAACAGCAGCAGCAGCCACAGAAUACAGGUUUCCUUAACAACGCAUACUCUCAACCUACUGGUAUGCAGCAGCAGCAGACAGGUUUCCAGAAUGGUUAUGGCGGCUAUGGUCAAGGCUUCCAGCAGCAACAACAGCAGCCACAGCAGACAGGCUUCGAUCAAUUCGGCCAGCAACAGCAGCAAGCGCAAUACAUGCAGCCGCAACAGACCUCUUUCAACAUGAAUAACCCUUACGGCCAGUUCGGUGGAAUGGGCCAGCAGCAGCAGCAGCCUCUCCAAGAGCAGAGCACGCUUCAGCCUGGUACCCAUAACCCCUGGGCGAGCAACAAUCAGCAAGAGGCUCUGAUGCCUCAACCCACCGGCUCUAACAACCCGUUCGCGCAGGGCUUCAACAGGCCCCAGACCGCAACGCAAGCAGCGCGUGUCCCCUCGAUGAAUGCUCUGCAGGAGCAGAAGACACAAACACAAUUUAACAACACCUCUUUCAAUCCACCAGUAUCAUUCUCGACACCACAGCAACAACCCCAGCAGCCCCAGAAAGAGAUGGACCCUCAUGCGGCGCGGCUCAAUGCCCUCCUGGCGACGGGAGACGGACAGGAUACCUUUGGCAAUGUUGGCAAUCUUCGACUCCCAGCACAACACACAGCACCUGGCACAUUUGUCAACUCAGCUGGCGCCGGCCUGAACCGCAUCAAUGCGAACGCGACCGGCAGCAACCCCUUCCUCAACUCUCAGUUCACUGGCAUGCCUCAGCAAAAUCGCAUGAUGCCGGCUCAGACAGGCCCUGCAGGCAACUUCGGAGCCAAUCCGUAUGGCGGUCAGAGUGCGAAUCCGUUUGGCGCCCCGCAGCAGCAGCAAAGGCCCCAGGGCGGCAACAACUUAAUAGACCUGUAAAGGCUGCACGUUGAGAAUCCGGGGUGGCAGUGUGUUUUCUUGUUUGAUAUUUGGAUUGGAGCGUUGCCCUAAAUCUGCUUUAUUCACAUUCGGGCCACCGCAAGGUGGUGGAGAUACCUAAAAGCAUCUCCUGGGCAGGAGCGAUGGGACAUAAGGGAUGGUUCCGUAGAGGCUAUUGAUUCCCUUCACAGCACUUUUACUUGCAUCGUCAGCAUAGUGGUUAGGCGGUGUGAUAGCUAAUUAAAUGUAUUUUGCCA